AUUCGGUGCUUAGCUUGGCUUGAUUUGCAAGUUUGAUAUUUAUUCAAAACAUAUUCUAUAAGGUUGAUAAAAAUCAAUUUUGACUCCGAAUUUAUUACUGAAACCGACGAAAUUGGGUUUUGUAAAAAAACAUAUUUAUAUCUGAAUACAACGAACUAAGUUAGUGGGGAAUUUUAUCAAUACAACAUGUUUUUAAAUAAGUAAUGUAAAAAUAUUGAUUUCAACAUUUAAUGUUUAAGGACAUUGUGUGGCUUGGGGAUCACUGUCACGUCCGUCACGUUCAUCACGUCACGUUACGUCAAGUCGUCUCACAAAUUUCCCUGUCGCAUUUAAAUACGGUGCAACUUUUGCUUGAAAUAAUUCUUCCCCCUCAAGAUGUUUCUAAAUAACCUCUCCUCGCUGGAAAUUGGUUUGUUGGCCGGAGGGGGUGCUGUGCUGCUAGCGUUUAUUGUGGUUCUUGUACUUCUUAUUUGUAGGAUAUGCGGAGCAAAAGAAAAGGAGACUUUAACGUCCCCGAAACAGAAAAGACGUCGACGAAUGACAAGCGCUCAUCAACAUUCCACUAUAGACCUCCCACCCCUACUAGUUAUGGAUUCCAUGACAGGCAGCCCCCCCUGGAGCGCAAUAGGCAUGAUCGAUAACCCCCUGUGCAAGUCAUUCCCCAGUGAAGGGGAGAGUGGAACGAGUAGCCAACUAAAUGACUCGCCAAAGUCGCAUUGCAAGAGUCAUGAAUCACUCGCCGUCCCAAGAAGCCCGCGCGAAUUUAUGUACUACAUGCGAAAUCUAGAACAGUCAAGAAGUCAACAUGGCUUGAAUAAUAUCUCAAAGGAACCACAACCCUCGGAAGUGCACAACGUUAAAAUAUUUGCGCCUGGGUACCCUGUGUCGGAGUCGCACGGCGCGCGCGAUGGUGCAAAAAAGCGGGAAAAUUUCCCGCCAAAACGAAAAACCUCCGGUGCGUUGCGCAACCCAGCGUAUCGAGAGUUGAUGCAAGGCAACUCAUUCCACGUGGUAUGUACCACUCCCUGUACUGACACGUGGUCGGACGAUAGCGAAUCAGAGCCUGAGAUCCACGAGCCUAAGGCGAGGAUUCGCUUUACGUCUAUUCUCGAGGAGCAAAGUGGAAGUACCGGAAGUUGCUUGAACGUUGUGAGCUCUACGUCACUUCCUCCGACUUAUCAUGAAACUAAAGCAAGAAGUUUGUCAGUAGGACAGGAACAUUCAGUUAGUGUGAGGCUGUAACGUGUUAGGGUCGCUGCACUAAAGAUACACGUGCGUAAUUUGACUCUAGAGAGUCGAAUCUUUUUACCGCAACCAAAUUCAACUCGGAGGAGUCUCCCGUGGGUCACGAAUUACUCUGCGAUCUACCAUAAGAGUAGGAGAUGAACCCUAGCCUGAAGAAUCCAGGGGCGUAGCCAGGCGGUGGCCUAGGGGCCCCUUUUAGCAGCCAAACAAUACAGUAAAUGUAUGAAACAUUACCUUUUGGGCCCCCUCCUGUUAAAAAUCCUGGCUUCGCCGCUGGAACCUCACACGAGUUUUUGUGGAUCUCUCAUCGAUCCCACGCUUGAAAUAUUGAAGGAGAGAAUGCGAAAGGGAAACCCCCUUAUAAAUAGACAGCCUCUUUUUACUUCUUUUACUCCUGAUUACAGAGACGCGAAAAUCAAAAGCUGAAAAAAUUACAAUUGAGAGUGUAAAAUUCACUGCCAUCGAAGUUAUAUAGCUUAGGGUUAUAGGGUUAUUAAGAAAAGAUAAUGAUAUCGACCCCCCCUCCCCCCAUUUAAAAGUAGGUAGGUACGGCCACGGGCGAAAUCUUUUUUUGUCUCUGUUUUCUUUAAGACUGCCCAUUUCAAUCUGUUGUUUUUAUUUUUUAUGAUUUUUUUCCCUUGGUCCUUAGAAUGUUGUGAAUGUUAGAGCUUCUCCCUUGCCCAUUUGGCUGUUUGGCAUCUCCUGUGACUCAUGGAUUUUUAAAUUAGUAUAUAUUUGCUUGAAAUAUCCAAACUGGCGUGGAUCCAGGUCCUUUUGUACCUGCUGAGGUCAAAAUGUCAAAAAUUUAGUGCGUUAGUAUGAACUGUAUGCAUUCAUUCUAUUAAUUGUGGCGACAGUUAUCAACUUUUUUUCUUUUUGUAAACUGGUCAGAAUUUUUAUCUGGAUCCGCGCCUGCCAAAACAAAAUUACUAUAAAAUGAUGUGUAAACCCUUAACCCUCUAUUUUUGAGGAAACAGCAUAGUGAUUCACCCUAUGGGCGAGCUUAUACAUCAUAUUGACAGAGAUACCAUUUUUGGUUUGUUUAAAAGAAUUAUUAAAUCUCUAUUUUUUUAAAA